AUGAUUACCAAACAGUAUCUCCACCACCAAAAAAUUCUGAGGUUGAGAGGUCGGGAUCGUCGAUCCAGAAUCAGUGACGCCAUUCUGUGGCCCAAGUUCAAGCAUUGGAGGUAUGGGGCACUCCAGAUGCUUCCUCUUGCUGCACCUCGAAGUAAACGUACACCGGUACCAUCCGCUAAGGUCCGCGAGAAUCAGGCACUACGACGCACACGCCGAGCAGCUCGGACCAAGAGUCCACCAUUCCAAUUCCGAGAUGUCGAAGACAGCGACGAUAAUGAUGAGGAGGAAAACGAGAACACCGCAAACGGCCUGGAAGAGCUGCUCCUACUGGUCAAGGACCUCAAAGGCAAAUCGCUUGGUGUCGAGGCCGGAUGUUUCAACUUCCCUUCCUCCUUGGCGAUAUCAGCCUUUCCUUCAUGA